CCGGUGCAAGUUUUGUGAUCAAUAUUUGUUGCUGUCUAUAUAACAAAAUAUCUAGUAAAUUAAAGCUAGCUAUAGUUGCCUCUGCUGCUUUCUAUAGAAAAUUGUGUCGGUGGAAAAACUAUCUUCAACAAAUUUUUGAUAUUCCUUCCUCCCACCAAACUCCUCACAACGAGAAUGAAGUUUCCUGCUGUUGAAUUCAUCUCUGACAAUUUCAUCAAACCAAAAUACAGCCUUCCAAAAUCCAAUCAGGCAAUAUACUUGGGUCCAUUUGAUCUGGGAAUGGCUUUUGUUCAGUAUAUGCAGAAGGGCUUCCUUUUCCCAAAGCCUCCAUCAUUUGAUCAGAAUCAAAUGCACGAUUUCCUACUGAAUCUGAAAGAGUCUCUUUCUCUUACCCUAGUUCAUUUCUACCCGUUAGCGGGUCGCUUUGAAAUGGUUCAGUUGGAAGGGCCUAACAAUCCUCCGAAUCAGGCGAUUUAUGUCGAUUGUAACAAAGGCCCUGGCGCCAGAUUCAUUCACGCAUCGGCUGAAUUGAACAUGGUUGAUAUCGUUUCGCCAAUCGAUGUUCCAUCGAUUGUUAGAUCAUUCUUUGAUCACGAGGGUGUGAUCAACUAUGAUUGUGGAGACCAAUCGUUGAUGACCAUUCAAGUCACAGAGUUGAUUCAUGGCGUUUUCAUGGGAUUCUCUAUGAACCAUAUGGUUGCUGAUGGGACUUCCCUGUGGCAUUUCUUGACCUCAUUUGCGGAGAUCUUCAAUUCCAAUGGAAAUAAUAAUAAUAAUAAUACAGCAAUCUCCAGAUCUCCAACAUACGACAAGGUGUUUCCAAAGGGAAAAGGUCCCCUUUUGAGCCUGCCUUUUGCUGACAAAAACAGGGGAGAUGAAGCAGAGCCAAAAUUAGUCAUUCUCAGGGAAAGGAUUUUCCAUUUCUCAACAGAAUCAGUUGCAAAACUCAAAGCAAAGGCUAAUGACAAUAAAAAUAAUGGCGAUUGCGAUUCGAGAAAGAGUUCGUCAUUUCAGGCAGUGUCAGCACAUGUUUGGAGAUGUAUUACAAGAGCCAGGAAAAUCCCAUCUGAUCAAACAACAAUUGCCACUCUGGCUGUAGACCACAGAUCAAGAUUAGUCCCGCCCGCGUCGCAGAACAGUUUCGGUAACUAUGUUUCUCCAGUUGAAGCAGCUGUCAAUUGUGGUGAACUGCUGGAGAGGAGCCUCGGGUGGGCUGCAUUGUUAUUACAUGAAGCGGUUAACAGCCAAACAGAUGAAACUGCUCGGGAUUUCGUCGAAACUGGGUGGGUGGCGGCGCUAUCGUGUGUUGGCCGGGUGUUGGGAAGUGGCAUACUUAUUGGAGGAUCUUCGAGGUCCAACAUGUCUGGAUUUGAAUUUGGAUUCGGCAAAGCUAUCGCGAUUCGAAGCGGGAGCGCAAGUUUGAUGGGAAAAUCACUGUGUAUCCUGGCAUUGAAGGAGGAGGCAGCAUGGAUUUGGAAAUCUGCCUUGCGCCUGAUGUAAUGAGUUCUCUUGAGGCUGAUGACGAGUUUAUGGAUUUUGUCUCUUUGUAAAAAAACAAAAAAAAAAAAGUACUCCCUGUCUCCCAAAAUUCAGGAACGUGAGUCUUUCUUUGGGAUCGAGGUGGGAUAUAAGACGUAUUUUUAAUCUCUUAUAAUAUUACUAGUGAUGUCUGGUCGUGCAAUGCGCGACCCUGGCCCAAUCUAUCUGUAGAUCUUAGAAAUGUUUAUAUUUGAAAAAAAAAUUAUAUUUGGCCCGAUAUAUUUUAAAAAUAUUUAAAAAUUUUAGAAAUGUUUUAUAAGUGUGAUCAUAGAAAUAUUUUUAUUUGGCUAAAAAAGAAAUUGUAUUUGCCCAG